AUGAGCGACGAGAAGCAUGGCUACGUCCGCGAGCCAUCACCACCGCCCAUCCCCACAUACGACGAGGCAACCUCGUCGCGCAAUGUCCCUGCGCGCCUGGGACCCAACGAGACCAGCGACGAUGCCGAGCGGCAAGGCCUGCUGAGCCCGGAUGUCCGCGUCCAGUCGGAUCCGCGCAGGCGUAAUGGAUACUACCAGGCUCCUUCAGUGCAGUCGGUAGACGACGAUGGCGACUCGGAUCUCGGGAGUCCGGUGCGGGAGAGCCAGGACGAGGACCUGCGCCAGACCAUGGAGGAGAUGGAUAUCCUGGACCCAGAGGCCGUCGAAGAAGGACGGGCGAGGCGCAACAGAUCAAGAGGGAGGUUCUCGAAACGCUUCUACAGUAUCAGACAUUCACUAUCCAGUUGGAACCUGCCCCGGAUACCCUGGCCGAGCUGGCGUCCCAACUUCAGCGCUGUGACGGACCAUAUACCCACCAUACCAGAAGAGUACAAGCCAGGAUGGUCCAUCAUUGCGCGACUGUUCGGUCUCAUCUUGAUCAUAAUCCUCGUCUACUUUCUGGUCGUCAGCGAGGUGGUGCCCAUGGGCGGUGGAUUCGGCACCCCAUUCAACCCCGAGUGGGUACGGUCGACGGCCAUGGGGAGCGUGGAGAGCUGGAGAAUUGAGAAGAAUCUCGAGUAUAUCACAAGCUACGACCACAUAGGCGGAACCGAGGGAAGUUACGUGCUGGGCCAGUGGAUCGAAGGCAAAUUCAAGGACGCACACAUGGAUACAUAUACCCAUGAUGAAUACUACGUAUACAUGAACUAUGCGAACAAGGGCGGCCGGAAAGUCGCCAUUGUGGAUCCACCGGAGAAGAAAUGGGAAGCCAAACUCGAAGAACCGUCCGUCUUCAAUCCAGCCAAAGCGCAAACGCCCGCCUACCACGCUCUGUCCGCGAGCGGGAACGCUACCGGACCUCUGAUAUACGUCAACUACUGCGACAAGAAAGACUUCAAGCGGUUAUGGGAUAGCGAGGUGGACGUGCAAGGUGCAAUCGUGCUUUGCCGAUACUACGGCACACAACCAGACCUAGCCAUGAAAGUCAAAUAUGCGCAAGACGCUGGAGUCGCCGGUGUCUUGGUAUACUCGGACCCAGCAGACGACGGCUUCAAAAAGGGAAAUCCCUGGCCUGAUGGCAAAUGGCGACCUGGUGACAGCGUGCAACGAGGCUCGGUUGCACAGACAAACAUGAUCAUGGGAGAUGUUCUUACGCCUGGACGGCCGAGUGUGAAGAAGGUAGAGCGUAUGCCGCGAGACAAGAACCCAGCAUUACCCAAGAUCCCAAGUCUACCACUUUCCUGGAAGGAUGCGCAGAAACUCCUCAAGUCGCUCAAAGGUUCAGGCGAGGAGCUGCCGGAUGAGUGGGUUGGCGGUGUACCGGAUGUUGGCGACAAAUGGUUCUCUGGUCAUCCAAAGACUUCUCCAAAGGUGUUCCUGCAAAACGACCAGGAUGAGGUCGAACAACAGCGCAUUACCAACGUUUUCGGAUCUCUCAAAGGCAGCGAAGAUCCCGCUAGCAAGAUCGUAAUCGGAAACCACCGCGACUCCUGGUGCUUCGGUGCAGCAGACCCGGGCUCUGGCACGGCUGUUAUGCUCGAAGUCGUUCGUGUACUGGGCGAGUUGCGUACUCAAGGGUGGCGACCCCUCCGCACUAUCGAGUUUGCUUCAUGGGACGCUGGUGAAUAUAACAGAAUCGGCUCCACAGAGCACGUUGAAGCCAACGUCCAAGCCCUUCGCGAUAGCGCUAUUGCUUAUCUCAAUGUCGAUGUGGGCGUGACAGGUGACAAACUCUGGGCCAACGGCUCCCCCAUCUUCCAACAUGCCUGGACGCGCGUGCUCGACCGACUGUCCGAUCCCCACGAGAACAAGACUUUAAAAGAACUCUGGGAGACCUCAGACUCUAAGAUCGGCAAUCUAGGGGCCGGAAGUGAUUACGUCGCCUUCCAGUCCAUUGUCGGUACCUCCUCGCUCGAUUUCGGCUUCACUACUAAAGAAGGCCAAUCAAACCCCAUCGCGCGCAGCUGCUACGAGACGCUCUCCUGGAUGCGCAAAUACAUCGACCCCUCCUUCUCCUACCAUGCACUGCUCACCCAACUCUGGGUCCUCCUUAUCCUCGAGCUCGCCCAAGAGCCCAUCAUCCCCAUGAAGAUUGACGACUAUGCCCGCUCCUUGCAAGAAGAGGGCCAAAAGCUGUUGGACUGGACCGAGAAAGUGAGUGGUGGUGGAGAGUACGACAUUGAGAUUUUUCAGCCCCUGGUAGACAGCCUUAGUAUGUUCAAGAAGAAGGCAGAGGCAUUUGGGCGUUGGGAACAAACUUGGUAUAACCAAGUUUAUGCGACUGGUGGCUUUGAGAGCAGUGGUGUUACCAUACAAAGAGUCGCACAUAACGGAAGAAUUGCGGGUUUUGAGACCGAUUUGCUUGAUCUUGCAAGGGGCAAAGAUGACAAGGGGCCUCAUGGUCUCCCCAACCGCGACCAAUACAAACACGUCAUCUUCGCCCCCGAUCUUAACAACGGCCUAGAAGCCAGCGUCUUCCCUUUUGCACGCGAGGCAAUCGAGAAGAAAGACUGGGACGCCGCUGCCAAAGCGAUCAAAAAGACGGCUGAUAUACUGAACCGCGCGAGCGACAGGCUCGGCUGA